AUUGACACAUUACCCGACGGUGCUCAAACGUGCGGACCUUUGCAUGCUGUAUAAAGCUAAUGGGCGACUUGGUCCAAAAGCGUGGCGACCGGUAGCACUGACAUCAUUUUUAGAUGUGACUGGACUCUCCGCUGGUGUGAGACAGUCUCUGAGUACUCUUUCUGCGUGGUCGAUCGAGGCAGAACUCGCGACCGACCGUGAGAAAACAGAAGCACUCGCUGACUCUGAUGCGACUGCUGAUCUGCUGAAAGAAGAGCUAGCCG